AUGUCUGCCCCAGUCAUGGUCAUGAAUGCGGCUGCCCCGCAACGCCAGACUGGUCGAAAGGCCCAAAUCUCCAACAUCACCGCUGCUAAGACUGUCGCUGACGUGAUCAGGACAUGUUUAGGCCCCAAGGCCAUGUUAAAGAUGAUCUUGGACCCCAUGGGCGGUAUCCUGUUAACCAACGACGGGAACGCCAUUCUCCGGGAAAUCGAAGUGGCCCACCCUGCUGCUAAGUCCAUGAUCGAACUAAGUAGGACGCAAGAUGAAGAAUGCGGUGAUGGUACAACAUCAAUCAUCAUUCUCGCUGGAGAAAUUCUUGCUUCUGCUCUUCCCCAUCUGGAACGUAAUAUCCAUCCCGUCGUCAUCAUACGCGCUUUCAAACGGGCCCUCGCCGAGGCUCUAAGCAUUAUCGAUCGAAUAUGUAUCACCGUCGACGUCACGAAUGACGCCGAGAUGUUGAAGCUCAUCAAGACUUCGAUAGGUACAAAGUUUAGCAGCCGAUGGAGCCCCAUGAUGUGCAAGUUAGCCUUACAGGCAGUCCGAGUGGUCAGUACCGAAGAAAAUGGCCGCAAAGAGGUGGAUAUCAAACGAUACGCUCGAGUGGAGAAGAUUCCGGGUGGUGCAAUUGAAGACAGUCGUGUAUUGGAUGGUGUAAUGUUGAACAAAGAUAUCACUCACCCAAAGAUGAGGAGACGAAUCGAAAAUCCUCGAAUCAUUCUUCUCGAUUGCCCUCUUGAGUACAAGAAGGGUGAAAGUCAGACGAACAUUGAGCUUGCCAAGGAAGGACAGUACGAGCGCUUCCUGGAGAUUGAAGAAGAGCAAAUCAAGGCUAGUUGUGAAAAGAUAAUUCAAUUCAAGCCUGAUCUUGUAUUCUGCGAGAAGGGUGUUUCAGAUCUUGCUCAACAUUUCUUCUUGAAAGCCAAUGUUUCCGCCAUACGAAGAGUUCGAAAGUCUGACAAUAACCGAAUUGCCCGAGCGACUGGAGCUACGAUUGUGAAUCGAGUCGAGGAUCUCAGGGAAAGUGAUGUUGGGACACAAUGUGGUCUAUUUCACGUUGAAAAGAUUGCCGAUGACUAUUUCACGUUUCUCACCGGGUGUCAAGACCCGAAAGCCUGUACAAUCAUGCUACGUGGUCCUUCCAAAGAUGUCAUUAACGAAAUUGACCGGAAUCUGGCCGAUGCGAUGGCGGUUGCUCGGAACGUCGUCUUUGACCCGCGGCUUGCACCGGGUGGUGGGGCUACUGAGAUGGCAAUCUCAGUCGGACUAGCUGCGAAGUCAAAGACUAUCGAAGGAGUCGAAGGAUGGCCUUUCAAGACUGUAGGGGAAGCUAUGGAGGUUAUCCCAAGAACAUUGAUUCAAAACUGUGGCGGAAAUACUAUUCGAACUUUGACUGAGCUUAGAGCCAAGCACGCCAAUGGCGAGCACGAAUAUGGAGUGGAUGGCGAUACCGGCAAAAUCACAGACAUGAAAACAAUUGGAUUAUACGAAUCAGCAGCUGUGAAAGUCCAAAUCAUGAAAACCGCCGUCGAAUCUGCAUGCUUGUUACUCCGAGUUGAUGAUAUUGUAUCUGCCAAACGUCCCCGAAGGCAGGAUGGCGGUGGCGCGCCCCAGACGAUGGCCGCAGGCGACGGUGGUGAUGGGCCAGAACAAUAA